ACAGUAUCUUAUGGAAGAAAGAAAUUGGGAAGAAUAAAAACAGAACUCAAAAUCUUCAGACCAAACCGAAGUAUACGCAAAAUUUAGUGCAGAACAGAGAAGAAUCAACGCAACAGAGUUGCCUAAGCUGAACCCACUGACGUUUCAACCCCUUCAAACAAGCCAACACCAUUAUCUUCAAAUUCAAUUCAACCUGAACAAGUCAAAUGGAACCCAGAAACCGCUUAAACAAGAAGCAUUUCUUUAUAUAAAAAUAUACAAUUACUUACUAUAUAUAUGCAUAUAUAUGAUGCAAGUGUAUAUAUAUUUAUAUAUGUUAUAGAUAGAUAUAGAUCUGCUUUGCUUUGGGAGUUUUGAAGAUGAGUGGAGAUGGGGAAUCGUUUCAUUUUCCAACUACAAGAGACAUUUUUGCCCACGCUAUUGCUGGAGCUUCUGCUGGUGCAAUUGCAGCGACUUUUGUGUGCCCUUUGGAUGUGAUCAAGACAAGAUUACAAGUACAUGGCCUUCCUCAAGGGCCUCAGUCUGGUCGUAAAGGUAGUGUCAUUAUAACUAGUCUACAGCACAUAUUAAAAAAUGAAGGCUUCAGGGGAAUGUAUCGUGGCCUCUCGCCAACAAUAUUAGCAUUACUUCCAAAUUGGGCAGUAUACUUCACAGUUUACGAGCAACUUAAAGGCCAACUCCAUUCAAAUGGGGAUAGCAAUAAACAGCUCACAGUCGGUAAAAAUAUGAUAGCUGCUGCUGGUGCCGGGGCUGCCACGGCCCUCACAACAAAUCCAUUGUGGGUUGUUAAGACCAGACUCCAAACUCAGGGAAUGAGGCCGGAUGUAGUUCCAUACAAAAGCAUACUUUCUGCUUUGAGAAGGAUUACACAUGAAGAAGGGAUUCGUGGGUUGUAUAGUGGUAUUCUGCCUUCGUUGGCUGGGAUUAGUCAUGUUGCUAUUCAGUUUCCUGCAUACGAGAGAAUAAAGUCUUUCAUGGCUAAAAAAGAGAAUACAGAAGUUGAUAAGCUAAGUCCUCCGAGUGUAGCAAUUGCCUCUUCUGUAUCCAAAGUACUUGCUUCUGUCAUGACUUACCCGCAUGAGGUUAUCCGUUCAAGGCUGCAAGAGCAAGGGCAGAACAGAAAGGUUGGGAUGCAAUAUGCAGGAGUCGUUGAUUGCAUCAAGAAAGUGUUCCAAAAGGAAGGUCUCCCUGGUUUCUACCGAGGUUGUGCAACAAAUCUAAUAAGAACAACUCCAUCAGCCGUAAUUACAUUUACCAGUUAUGAGAUGAUGCAAAGGUUCUUGCAGCGGGUUCUACCCCUGGAUAAAGAGCAUUCACAAAAGCACCCAAAACCUGAUGGAAAUGUCAAGCCUCAGCCGCAAAACAGGGGAGCCGGGGACAAAGAAAACGACACCAUUUUGCGACAAUCACAAAUCCAAUCAAAUAAGAUUACUCCCUCAAUUCCUCUGGGAAACAAGGAUCAGCUAACGGCAAAACACUGAUUCAUUUUUGUUCUUCUUCCAACUUACUUCCCUAUUGGGGAAAUUCUUCCAUAAAAAAGUUGAACAGCAUAAAUUAACUGUAAGGUAAUAAAAAGUGUAUUUUUUUUUUCCUUUUCAAUGAAUUUUGUUGAUUAGCUUCAUUAUCUCCUGUUUGUGCAGUUGUUCAAUUUUUUUCUUUUCAGAUGUUGUAUAAAAUUUUAAAUCAUUCAAUGUAUGACCCAAAUUCUUUUUCU